CCUAUUGUUUCUGAAAAUGCUGACCAGAGCCCACACUUCCAACAAAAAUUCCUUUACUCCUACAACAGCAGCAAAAGCAGAGUAGAAGCAGCAGCAAUAGAUAAGUGUUUUUGAUGAAUUGCAAGAUGGAUAGGGCUUGCAGUGGCCCCCAGUCCUGCUGAUACCAAGUGCCUUUAAGAUACAGCCUUUCCCAUCCUAAUCUACAAAGGAAACAGGAAAAAGGAACUUAAAACUCCCUGUGCUCAGAGAGAAAUGAGACUGUUACAGCCUGCUUCUGUGCUGUUGCUUCUUGCCUCUGACUUGUAAACAAGACCUAGGAGAACAUGCAAGUGGAAAGUCACAAACCACUGGGUGUUUGAAAGGAUCCUUGGACCUCAUGCACCUCUGCGGAAACUGGAUGGAGAGAUUUGGGGAAGCAUGGACUCUUUAGCUGGUUUAGUUCUCUGUGGAAUCAGCUUACUCCUUUCUGGAACAGUGGAUGGUGCCAUGGACCUGAUCUUGAUCAACUCCCUACCUCUUGUGUCUGAUGCUGAAACAUCCCUCACCUGCAUUGCUUCUGGCUGGCACCCCCAUGAACCCAUCACUAUUGGAAGGGACUUUGAAGCCUUAAUGAAUCAACACCAAGAUCCACUGGAAGUGACUCAAGAUGCAACCAGAGAAUGGGCCAAAAAAGUUGUCUGGAAGAGAGAAAAGGCUAGUAAAAUCAAUGGUGCUUACUUCUGUGAAGGAAGAGUCCGAGGAGAUAUAAUAAGGAUACGAACCAUGAAGAUGCGCCAACAAGCUUCCUUCCUACCAGCUACUUUGACUAUGACUGUGGACAAGGGAGAUAAUGUAAAUAUAUCUUUCAAAAAGGUCUUGAUGAAAGAAGAAGAUGCAGUAAUUUACAAAAAUGGUUCCUUCAUCCACUCAGUGCCCCGGCAUGAAGUACCUGAUAUUUUAGAAGUGCAUCUGCCUCAUGCUCAGCCCCAAGAUGCUGGAGUAUAUUCAGCCAGGUACAUAGGAGGAAACCUCUUCACCUCAGCCUUCACGAGGCUCAUAGUGCGCAGAUGUGAAGCUCAGAAGUGGGGACCUGAAUGUAACCUUGCCUGCACAGUCUGCAUGAACAAUGGUGUCUGCCAUGAAGAUACUGGAGAAUGCAUUUGCCCUCCUGGGUUUAUGGGGAGAACAUGUGAGAAGGCCUGUGAACUGCAUACAUUUGGAAGAACUUGUAAAGAAAGGUGUAGCGGACCAGAGGGAUGCAAGUCCUAUGUGUUCUGUCUCCCAGAUCCUUACGGCUGUUCUUGUGCCACAGGCUGGAAUGGUCUGCAGUGCAAUGAAGCAUGCCAGCCUGGUUACUAUGGGCCAGACUGUAAACUGAAGUGCAGGUGUACUAAUGGGGAGGUGUGUGAUCGUUUCCAAGGAUGCCUCUGCUCUCCAGGACGUCAAGGACUUCAGUGUGAGAGAGAAGGUAUGCCAAGGAUGACUCCAAAAAUAGAGGAUUUGCCAGAGCACAUAGAAGUGAACAGUGGUAUAUUUAAUCCCCUCUGCAAAGCAUCUGGCUGGCCACUACCUGCUAAGGAAGAAAUGACCUUGGUGAAGCCAGAUGGGAUAGUGCUUCGUCCAGAACACUUUAACCAUACAGGUCACCUUUCUGUGGCUCAAUUCACCCUCAGCCGGAUCCUCCCUACUGACACAGGAGUCUGGGUCUGCAGUGUGAACACAGUGGCUGGGAUGGUAGAAAAGCCCUUCAACAUUUCAGUUAAAGUUCUCCCAAAGCCUCUGAACGCCCCCAAUAUGAUCGACAUUGGACAUAACUUUGCUGUCAUCAACAUCAGCUCUGAGCCUUACUUUGGAGAUGGGCCAAUCAAAUCUAAGAAGCUUCUAUAUAAACGUGUUAAUCAUUAUGAGGUUUGGCAGACUAUUCAAGUGACAAAUGAGAUUGUUACACUCAACUAUCUGGAACCUCGCACAGACUACGAGCUUUGUGUGCAGCUGGUGCGGCGUGGAGCGGGCGGGGAAGGGCAUCCUGGACCUGUGAGGCGGUUCACAACAGCUUCUAUCGGUCUCCCACCUCCAAGAGGUCUUAGUCUCCUGCCAAAAAGUCAGACAGCUCUAAACUUAACCUGGCAACCAGUAUUUUCAAGCUCAGAUGAUGACUUUUACGUUGAAGUCGAGAGGAGGUCUGUGCAAGUGAAUAGUGAUCAGCAAAAUAUCAAAGUGCCGGGCAACCUGACCUCAGUGCUGCUUAACAAUCUACGUGCCAGGGAGCAGUAUGUGGUUCGAGCCAGAGUCAACACAAAAUCCCAAGGAGAAUGGAGUGAGGACCUCACAGCCUGGACUCUUAGUGAUGUUCUCCCUCCUCAACCAAAAAACGUCAAGAUUUCUAACAUUACAGAUUCUUCAGCCAUGAUUACUUGGACCAUCUUGGAUGGCUUUUCUAUUUCUUCUAUUACCAUCCGUUACAAGGUGCAGGGCAAGAGUGAAGACCAGCACAUUGAUGUGAAGAUUAAGAAUGCCACCAUUACCCAAUACCAGCUCAAGGGUCUCGAACCUGAAACAGAUUACCUGGUGGACAUUUUUGCAGAGAACAACAUAGGACCUAGCAACCCAACCUUUACUCAUGAGCUGACAACUCUCUCCAGAUCUCAAGUGUCAGGGGACCUAGGAAGUGGAAAGCUACUGCUCAUAGCCAUCCUCGGCUCUGCAGGAAUGACCUGCCUGACAGUGCUAUUGGCCUUUCUGAUCAUGUUGCAACUGAAGAGGGCGAACAUCCAGAGGAGAAUGGCCCAGGCCUUCCAGAAUGUGAGGGAAGAGCCAGCUGUACAGUUCAACUCGGGAACUCUGGCCCUGAACAGGAAGGCCAAGAACCCGGAUCCUACCAUUUAUCCAGUGCUUGACUGGAAUGACAUCAAAUUUCAAGAUGUGAUUGGGGAGGGUAACUUUGGCCAGGUUCUCAAGGCACGCAUCAAGAAGGACGGGCUACGGAUGGAUGCUGCCAUUAAGAGAAUGAAAGAAUAUGCUUCCAAAGAUGACCACAGGGACUUUGCAGGGGAACUGGAGGUCCUCUGUAAACUUGGACACCACCCAAACAUCAUCAAUCUUCUGGGAGCAUGUGAACAUCGUGGGUACUUGUACCUGGCCAUCGAAUAUGCCCCACAUGGAAACCUCCUGGACUUCCUGCGCAAGAGCAGAGUGCUAGAGACUGACCCUGCCUUUGCCAUCGCCAAUAGCACCGCCUCCACACUGUCCUCCCAGCAGCUGCUUCAUUUUGCAGCAGAUGUGGCCCGGGGCAUGGACUACUUGAGUCAAAAGCAGUUUAUCCACAGGGAUCUGGCUGCCAGGAAUAUUUUAGUUGGUGAAAACUAUGUAGCCAAAAUAGCAGAUUUUGGAUUGUCUCGAGGUCAAGAAGUAUAUGUGAAAAAGACAAUGGGAAGGCUCCCAGUGCGCUGGAUGGCCAUCGAGUCACUCAAUUACAGUGUCUACACAACCAACAGUGAUGUGUGGUCUUACGGCGUGUUGCUGUGGGAGAUAGUCAGCUUAGGCGGGACCCCAUACUGUGGGAUGACAUGCGCUGAACUCUACGAGAAGCUGCCCCAGGGCUACCGACUGGAGAAACCCCUAAAUUGUGACGAUGAGGUGUAUGAUCUAAUGAGACAAUGCUGGCGGGAGAAGCCUUAUGAGAGGCCCUCAUUUGCUCAGAUACUGGUGUCCUUAAAUAGGAUGUUAGAAGAACGCAAGACCUACGUGAACACCACCCUUUAUGAGAAGUUUACCUAUGCGGGAAUUGACUGCUCUGCUGAAGAGGCAGCCUAGAACAGGCCGUCUUCAUCUGUACACUGCUUCCCCUUCAUGAGAGACCCUUUUAUCUAUUGAUGCAAAGAAAGCCAGCAAGACUCUGCCAAGAGAUGUGAUAUAGACAUGUAAAUAUAUUUCUGUAUGUCUGGAACCUUCACACACACACAGGAACUCUCCCCCCCACAAGUGUGCAUCUUGUACACACAGUGAUUCUAAUGGGACUGUAUAUACUGCUUUUGAGAAAGAAUGAGGUGGAUCAGAAUGCCUGUUUUGUGGUUUUAUAUGCAAUAAUAUAUAUAUUUUUUUCUUAAGUGUGGACUUCCUAGGAAGGUGUGAGAGUACAAUUCUUGAAAUACAUAACUCAUUCUAGAUAUUUUUAUAUUUACUUUUGUAUUCAAUGCUACAAAAUGUUUUUCUGUGUAAAAGUAAAAUAUUGUUAAUAAAUCUAACAAUAUCCUUACACUACAGGUGAAGUAAAUGUAUGAAUUCUAACAGGACAUAUGUUAGUAUUUGAGACUGAAAAGUCCAAGUGAAAUAAGAUUCUUCUGUCUCUAAAAAUCUUCCCACAUCCAUAAAGGCCACGACAACUUAAUUACCUGGCAACUCUUUCAUGAGCCCACAAGUCAGUCCAGAAUGCUAGCACCGAACACAGACUUACAUAUCAUUUCUUAGAAACCUCAGGAUGUUCAGAAAAGUAUAAAUAAGUUUAAUCAGGAAAUUUGUGAGAUUUAGUUUUAGGUUUUUUUUAAUAACAUUGAUUUGUGUGUUUAAAGAAAUAAAAAUAGAAGGCCUGGAGUUAAUUGUAUCAAAUUCACAUCCCUAUAGGUAUUGCACUUUGUAAAAAGUUUUAGAUCUGAUUAUUUGUGAGUUUACCAUUUAUACUGCAGGCACAUAUUUCACUGAGGUCAUUUAGAAAUGAAUAAAUGUCUUGAAUACUUA